AUGAGUGCCGAUCCAGCUCUGCCCCAAUGCCCGCCUGGCCCCGAAGCACCCAGUUCUAGGGACUCUUCUCCAAUGCCUGAGAUUUAUGGGCCUGAAGAAAAUGAUGCGUCCCUGCAAAUGUCAUCUGCUGAGACACCCCACGCGGAGACCGUCUCUCCUCUUCCUGCAUCCAAGGAUCUGCGUGUUCAGGACAGCCCCGACUCCUCCACCAGUCCCAGGGUAAAAGUACCACCCACUUCUGGGGAGGAGAGAACAGUGAGGAAGGAAGAUACGGCCCAGGGCAAGAAACAGAAGAUCAGGACCGUGUUCUCUCAGGCCCAACUCUAUGUCCUCAAUGAUCGAUUUCAGAGACAGAAAUACCUCAGUCUCCAGCAGAUGCAAGAACUUUCCAACAUUCUGAACCUUAGCUAUAAGCAGGUGAAGACCUGGUUCCAGAACCAGAGAAUGAAAUGUAAGAGGUGGCAGAAAAACCACUGGCCAAAGGAGAGCAAGAGUGUGACUCAGUCUGUACCUGGAAGGAAGAAGCACACUGGGUUGAUUUGCCAAGCUCUUCUGAAUUUCACAGUCUGGAUCCAAAGCUCUAAAGUGGGAGGAUUAGAAGCCUUGCUUACUGAAUUUCAAGCACCCGGUUCUCAGGACGACGGGUUUGCGGCCGUCCGCGCCUGCGCAGUGAGCGCGCGGCCGAAGCCCCGCCUCCCGCCGGGUCUGCGGUUUCCCGGGCGCCUGCGGGCCUCCAGCCACGCCGCAGGGGAGGGCUGGGGGAAGGGCGGAGGAAGUGGGCGGUGGGGGCCGCAGGGCCACGCCUGGGGCUGGAGAGGCUCAGGCCGGAAACCUGCGUGCUGGGUGCUCGCUGCGGACAGCUGUCACGGAAGGAGCGGGGCGGCGACACGAAGGAGGAAGGUGGGCGCUUGGCGCGACCGUGGUCGCCCCUGUGCCGCCGCAACCAGGGCCGGGAUCCAGGACACAGAGCUGAUACGAGGCGAUUCGUUGGGGUCACUCUGGGAGUGGACACUCAAGGAGUUCUCCAUGGUGAUAGGAUGGCGUAAGAAAGCCCCGGAACGGAGAGCCAGAGCUGGAGGACUGGGGCUCAUCUGCGGCCUGGUCCCCACCUGCGGCCUGGUCCUCAGCAUCUCGCAGCGCCAGGCCCCAGGCCCAGGGGCACUCCUUCUACUUCUCCCCUCCUCCCUUUCCCUUUCCUGGCCGGCGGCCACUAGCCCAACUUAA